AUAAACUAUGGUAGACUUACUUAAUAAUUUUAAAAAUGGCGUCAAAGAAUAAAACAGAUCCAGUGGCCAGCAACACUUCUACAGAUUCAGAAUCUACCAAUACCUCAUACGAGGAUCGUGCACCCCACAGCACUGACUCUGGAGGGAAUGAAAUCACUGCAGACAGAAGCUCUGAGUUACCUUAUACUUCUGAUUGCCCGGGCUCGAGUCGACUUGAUGCUGAUGACAUCAGUACUUGCUCGAGUGCUUCCUCCUCUACACUGGCGCCUAUUGUCAGCAAGAGAUUUCCUGUGCGUCCUGGGAUUAGCUGGAGGAAAGGCGAGCGUCUUGAGGCCAUGGAUUUCAGCUCAAAAUGGUACUCCGCUAAGAUUGUAGAGAUUGACGAGGAGGAGAGAAUGGUGAUGAUUCACUUUGAUGGCUGGAACCAGCGCUACGACGAGUGGAUAGAGAUGGACUCGGAGAAACUCAGGCCAAAAACUCGGCACUCAACUCGGAAGGGGAGACCCAAGCAAUCAGGUUAUAAGGUGGGUGACCAUGUGUAUGCCAAAUGGACAGACUGCAAGAUGUACCCCGGCAAAGUAACAGCUGUUAACACAGAUGGUUCCUUUGAUAUCCUUUUUUACGAUGGCUUCAAGAAGACAGUACAGGGAAUCAAUAUUAAGAUGAUGCCCAAAGAGGCACAGCAGCAGGUAUCGAAUUUACACAAUAGUAAAAUAGAGAUUGUACAUGUUCUACCCAAGGACGAAAGGAAGAGAUCGAUGGAUGACGAUAUAGGUGAGGAAACUGCCUUACCUAAUAAGAGAAGGAGUUCCUCUAUCUACUCAAGGAGGGAGAGAGACAGCAUAGACAAAGCAUCAAAAGUUGCUGAGUCUGCUGGCAAAGUAACAGAGAGAGCAAGAAGUACCUCCAGUGAUGAGGGGAAAAGACGGAGAGCCAGUAAUGACCGCCGGCGUUCCAAGGGCAGUGCAAAGAAACUGAUUGUGGCAGGGUCUCUAUUCAAAAAACGGGAUCGGUCGACUUCAUCAGAGAGAUCCAAGGCUGGCAGUCAGUCCAGUAAGGAACCGACGUCUGAUAGCCUCACAGGAAGUGUAGAGGAGCAGUCCACUGCUAAAACAGGGGGAUUAAUAGAACAGCCUCCAUCAGAAAUUAUCACACAGACAGAGACACCAUCAGAAGAGAUAGCUCAAGUACAGGCAAAAGAGCCUGUCUCUGACAAAAAGGACCCUGAAGCUCCGUCACCAACUCUUGCUUCAACCACCUCUGUAAAGACCCCUGACCUGACCCCCAGCCCUGGGGGAGCUUCUGUACCCAGUGGGUCUGUUCCUGUGUGUAUGUCUGCCCCAGGGACACCUAUGACGACCCCCCUGUCCUCAAUGCCCCCUUCCCCUGCCAGCACUCUCUCAGCAGUUUCAUCCUCUCCCUCUACUCCAAAGCAGUCCCCAGGUCUGAAAUCUGAUGCCCCUUCCUCUGGCCCUACUCUGGAACCUAUCACCCCCAUACUGCCACCCAAAGGCAAAAAAGAAAAGAAGAGCCGUAAGCAGUCUUUUUCCCCUGUUGGUCUCUCGGAUGCAGGAGAAAAUUCGGCAAGGAAGAGGAGUAAGUCCACAGAGAAGGGAGCUAAAUCUGAACAGCCUCAGUCGUCUAGGAAACGGAGCAAGUCCAUCAAUGAGAAAGUGAACUACAUCCUGGUCCCUGAGACUGCCCUACCACCCAAGGCCUUCGUCAUUGAGCCGGAACACAACCACUACAAGUGUACGUAUGAGAACUGUAACAAGGCCUUCCGUAAGGAGAGCCUGCUGGAAUCCCACAUCAAGUUCUACCACUCGGUGGAGGGCAAACAUCCUCAAAACCCGCCUCGAAAACGACGCAAGACCUCCAGCAUCUGUUCUACAGACUCUGACAUCUCUGUCACCACCAGACAGCGGUACCCCUCCACCAGCUCCCUGGGUCGGCCGGCAACCACUGUAGAGGGCACCACUGAGGUUGCCAUCACUGACCUGAUAGAGCAGGAGGAACAGGGCCUGACCGAUGCUGCUGCCUAUAAAUUGAGUGACAAGUCUCACACCUUUGGUCAGGAGGUCACGAUUGCCGAGGAAUCGAUGGAGAUGGAGUUUGAGGACACGCUCAGUAAGGACGAGGUCGUCAACUGUAUCUGUCGAUUUAAUGAAGAAAAUGGACUUAUGAUCCAGUGUGAUGUCUGUCUGUGCUGGCAACAUGCAGCCUGCUUUGAAAUCACAGAGGACACGUUGCCCAAAAAGUACAUCUGCUUUGUCUGUGAAAAUCCCCCAGGUAUCCGAGACAGCCGCCGGUUCAUGCAUGACCAGGAUUGGCUGAAACUGGGUCACAUGGCCCAUUUUGGGUUUUUACCCAAUCAGGAGGAGGACGAGGGUUGCUGCCGGACGGUCCAGGCCACACACGGUCUAGUCGGGGAUGUCCACAAUGUGUCAGCAGUGCUCCACGGCCUCAAACAACAGCUACAGACUGCCAGGCGGAAGGACCAGAAAGACCCAAUGCUUCAGAUGUGGCUACAGGACUUGGAUAAUGUGAACUUUGACCCCAUAGAGCAUGAGGAUGAGAGUGAAGGUGAAGAGAUGGCCAUUGAUAGGUCCAAUUCUGUUGAAAAUUCCAAACAACAGGAUAAUUCUGACUCGGAGAAAAAACCUGAGAUCGAAACAGAAACUGAAGAAAACAAAACUGAGAUUGAUGUGGGUGAUAGUACAGAUAACAACACUAUAACAAAGUCAGAGGAGGAGCAGGGAACCAGCACAAAGAUUGUGAAGGAAGGCGAACCAGAAAAGCAAGAGGCUGAAGUGGGGAAUGUGAAAGAAAUUACUGACAACUCUGAAAAAUCGACUGAUGUUCCAAAUCAAGAAAAUAAAUCUGAUCAAGAGCACUCAGAUGAAAGUGUUAAGAAUUCCGAACAGCUGACUGUUUCAAGAGAUAAUAAUUUACCUAGUGAACAAACAGAACAAAAUACUUCAAACACUGUGACCCCAAAGGAAGGUCCUGAGAAUGAUGGAGUGAACCGUGCUACGUCCAGUGGUGACAGUGGAGGACGGGCCAGAUGUCCUGAGGAUGAUGGAGACCACACAGUGAACAAUCAAACAGGAAAACCAGGUGACCAGAAAGACUCCAUGGAAACAGAGGGACUGAUUGGGCCAGACAUAGAUCUACCCCUGGAGGCAGCUCUGAGUUCAGAGGUCAGAGUGGAGGACAUGUCUGACCUUCUGGACAGUGUAGAAGUCGUUAAGGAGGAUCCAUUCAAACACUGCGAGAGAAACUUACUGGAGCACAUUCUACGCGUCCAAACAGAGAUAGAGCAGCGACUGGACCACAUCGAGGAGCAGGUCUCGGCUCUGGAGUCUGCCGAUACCAACUUCUCCCCCUCGGGAUCAUCCGAUCGGGAUCUGUUGUCCGAUGUCCCUAACCUGAAGAAGACGUUAUAUCUACUGCAGCACGACUUGGUCAGGGUCCAGAGAAUGGCCGCCUACCACAGAUAGUUGUACAGGCACUCCAGUGGUCAUCCAACCGAUUGUGAAAGAGCCACCAGAAUGUUAAUGUUAAAGUACAGAAACAUAAAGUGAUGGGGCCACCAGAAUGUUUAAAUUAAGAUACAGACCACAGAGUGGGCCACUGUUAAAGCAAAGUAGAGUACUACUUGGAGAAAUACCGGUACAUCAUUAUUUAGUAAUGGUAUUCAAAUAUCAACAGUUUUUGUGCUAAAUAAAGAAGUGAUCAAAUAUUGGAGUUGGACUCCCACAGUAAUGGUCAGUCACGGUCAAUGGAGGGGUCACAGGAUCCAGUCAGUGGAGGGGUCACAGGAUCCCGUCACGGUCAGUGGAGGGGUUAGAGGAUCAACUGUUGACCAUUACCAUAGCUCAUUGCAAUAGUCCUGCUAAAGGUCAAGAUCCCACAAAAAGGUGCACAACAGUCGAAAUCCAUGUACUACCUGUACUAGUCAAUAAAAUGAGAAAUGCCAUGUAUUCAUUCACAAAACACUGAAGACAAAUGAUUUGCUGUACAUGUAUUAAUAAGUGUAUUUAAUAUGAAAACUCAACCAGGUUGUCAAAAAGCAUUUCCUAAUGAAUAAACUAAGCAAAUGAAGUA